UAGAAGGGGCCGAGGCGUCCCCGGAGGCGGAGUCUGGGUAUUACCGUUGCUCCCAUCCAGAGAGGAUUUCUGGGGAGAACAAUAGAGACGUGAGCUGGGCUAGAAAGGCCGGAGAUCGGUAGGUGUAGCGGCUAGAGAGGCCGGAGGUUAAGUGAAGUCGGGCGGACCCGGAAUCCAGAGGAAACGGGACCAUGACUUAUGCUUAUCUCUUCAAGUACAUCAUCAUCGGGGACACAGGUGUGGGCAAGUCAUGUCUCCUCCUGCAGUUUACAGACAAGCGGUUUCAGCCUGUCCACGACCUCACAAUAGGCGUGGAGUUUGGGGCCCGUAUGGUCACCAUUGAUGGAAAGCAAAUCAAACUGCAAAUCUGGGAUACGGCUGGUCAAGAAUCCUUCCGUUCUAUCACCCGUUCCUACUACAGGGGAGCGGCCGGAGCCCUGCUGGUGUAUGACAUUACCAGGCGUGAAACCUUCAACCAUCUGACUUCAUGGCUAGAGGAUGCCCGGCAGCACUCUAGCUCCAACAUGGUCAUUAUGCUGAUUGGGAAUAAGAGUGAUUUAGAGUCUCGCAGAGAUGUGAAGAAAGAAGAAGGAGAGGCCUUUGCUCGGGAGCAUGGGCUUAUAUUCAUGGAAACCUCAGCCAAAACAGCUUGCAAUGUUGAAGAGGCCUUCAUUAACACAGCCAAAGAAAUAUACAGGAAGAUCCAGCAGGGUUUGUUUGAUGUCAGCAAUGAGGCAAAUGGCAUCAAGAUCGGCCCCCAACAGUCUAUUUCAACUCCAGUGGGACCCAGCACCCCCCAGAGGAACUCUGGUGACGCAGGCUCUGGCUCUGGCUGUUGCUGAACAUCUGGACUGAACUCUAUUUCCAACCCAGAACCGCUUCAGAUCAAUAAGCUUAAAGAAAGAGGUCUAACUUGCUUAGGUUGAAAAAAGCCUCUUUUCAAGGCAUGCUGUUUUGCCUUUCUACUUAAAAAAAAGAAAAGAAAAAAAAAAGAUCAGGGGAGAAUUGGGGCCCCUGUUCUUUCUUCAGGGUUGUGAGCAUUCCCUGCAGGUUAGGGCACUUAUCUUCCUAGUUUAAUUCCUACAAUGUUAUGCUCAAACUUGAUUGUUAUGGUAGUUCAAAAGUAAACACAUUGUUUUAUAAGAAUUUACAAUCUCGGGAGGUGGAGUGACAGUACAGUGGGUAGGGCACCUUGCACACCGUCAGCCUGGGGUUGAUCCCCGGCACCCUAUAUAUUUUACUGAACAUCACCAGGAAUGAUUUCCUGAGUGCAAAGCCAGGAGGGAGCCCUGAGCACUGCCGGGUAUGGCCUAAGAACCAAAAAAAAAAAAAAAUCACAAUCUGUUCCCCACCAAGAAUUAAUACCAAGUUUGUAGGACAUUCUCCUGAGCGCUUGAGAUGACUGGGAUCUGGCUGGCCUCUGGAUGGUAGAUAGGAGCUUCAUGGAGUGUUUUACUCUCUUGCCUUUGGGGUUCAUUUGCCACAUUAUCAGAAUUCUUGCAGCAGUACCUUCUACUGGAACUGUUCAAGGAGGCUUCAUACUUUUCUACCAUACACUGCUAGUUUUUCUGUUAGAGUCACUACAGAAGUUUGGAGAGCCCUGGAGUUGCUCCUAGUACUAUGGUCACGCACUAUAUUGUUCCUUAAAGAAACCACCUCUCCCUGCUCCUUGUGGUGUAAGGUCCAAUUGAGGUGUCUUUCACCAGACACACCCCUGCUGUUUCAACACACUCAUAUCUUAACUAGAUCUAUUUAGACUUUCUGUUCUAAUCAAGCUGAUCCACUUGCUGGACAUGGCAUGUUUACUCCCACUUCGCCUCUGCACAUGCUCUGCUAACAUUAUACUCAAAAGUCCAGUAAAUCUUUCAGAAAGCCUUCUUUGACCUUGGGACUUCUAGACAAUUAUUGACACAAUAGCGAACCUUAAUAGUAAGCUUUAGCUUUCAAAUGUUAUUCUUUCCUAUGUAUAUUUAUUUGUAUUGUGCUAUUUUGUAAAUAUGUUUUAUAGUUAAUUUUUGUGUGGUAUCUGUCUCCAUAUAGGUCGUGAGCUUGUUGAGAGAAGCAACCAUAUUUUCCUGUUACUUUUGUAAACCUCUUUCUCCACCAUUCCUUCACAGUGCCUAGUGCUACUCACAUGGGAUCACUGAGUUUGACUUCCAUAUGUAAAGACUUGGAAUAUGCUUAUUUUAGACUUCAGAGGAAACAAAAAGCUGAAGAGUCAUCUCUCUGUAACUUUAUCUCAUUGUCCCCCAUCUGUUUAUCCAGGAUUCUGUACUAACUUUCCCUUCUCUGCUCUCUUCCCUUUGGCUCUGCCUCUGUUCCAUACAACAUACAAUAAGGCUACCUGUUUCUCAUCAGUCCCCUACAUGGGUAUUUCUCCAGCCAUUCACCUUUUCAAGAGCAUCUAAUACUGGCCUCACCAGAUUUGCCUUUGCUUCACUCAUCAUGCAGCCUUCUGGGUCAGUUGCUUUGUUAUAUUGCCUUGAUACCCCCAUUUUCUUCUACAGCACUGAGGUCUCAAGAAUUUUUCUGAUUAUUUUUGUUGUUGUUGAUAAAUUGUUUUAUUAUUAAAUAUAUUCAUAUAUCCAAGCUAC